AUGGCAGUGCCCAGAGAAGGUGUGUCCCAAAAUCCAGAGCUUCAAGUCACGGGUCCUCCGCGGUCGCUUACUCAGAAACUCCCAGUUCACUAUUACCGGUAUCUCUUUACCGACGUUGGCCGGAUCCUCCGUUCAACCAAGGUGGCUCGAAGCGUUUCAGAAGAGAAGCUUUUGCGAAACGCGGCCCAGCUGGCCUGCAACGACGGCGACCAGAAAGACGAGCAGAAGGUCCGCGUUCUCGAAUGGUGUAUGUGGAGCGACAGGCACGGGGAAAAUUGGGAAUCGAGAACCCCAGCAGCCACAUGGCCGGAGUUUCGAGCCUCCCACUAUUACAAGUGGAUCGGUGGGAUUUAUACACUGAAUGUGGAGACCCCAGACAAGGCUAAUGUUAUCCAGCUUCUUUUGGUAACGACGACCUCCCCUGGCAUUCGUGACGACAGCAGCGAUUUCAAGUUUGUGACAAGUUUGCAUCGACUGCGACCGUCUCUCCUAUCCAUGUUCAUGAGUCCUGCAGGUUGCUAUCAGCAGAGCGACAAAUUGAUGAGCAGAAGGAAAUUACCAGCCAAGCGAAACACACGAAAAGGAAGAAUGCCAUGUACUGGCACAUGGGAAACAUACAAAAGACAUGAAGAGCCUUUGGGGAUGGUUGAGGAUGGUUAA